UUAAUUAUUUAAUAUAAUUACUAUGUUUAUUUAUUAUGUAAAUUAGUCACAUGGUUGAAUAAUACAUGUUUUCCCAGUGUGCACUGCGCAGAGAGCUGCUGUUUAAAGAUGGCGCUGCAGUGUAGUUCAGUCAGACGAGCUCUCUGUUAUCACCUGUGAAACUAUGACCUGAAAAAGGACGCAUCCAAAAGCUAUUUAAUAAACUAGAAGACAUUCCAGUAACAUCGGACUAGUGAGGUAAAAUGCCUUCUCCUAAAGCGCGGAGCGGGUCGGGGCGCAGCGGCAGUGUUCCGUGUAACGCUACCGGUGGAAACGGGCGGUACGAGUUCAUUUCUCUGAGCCGAACUCCCCCGCCGCACCUGCUGCAGAGGCAGGGCUCCGAUCCUACAUCGGCCCGUCUUCGAGCCUCAGAGAGCCCCAACCGACGACGCGGCUCGGGUUCGUCCACCUCCUCCACCGGCGGGCAGCAGUUACCGGAGGAAGACUGCAUGAAAUUAAACCCGUCUUUCAUCGGGAUAGCGCUCAGCUCUCUGCUGGCCAUCGACCUGUGGCUGUCGAAGCGGCUCGGGGUGUGCGCCUGUGAGGACUCGUCCUGGGGCAGCGUGCGGCCGCUCAUGAAGCUCAUCGAGAUCUCCGGACACGGGAUCCCGUGGCUGGCCGGUGCCGCGUACUGCCUGUAUAAAAGCGACAGUGUCGCCGGUCAGGAGGUCAUGCUGAACCUGCUCAUGGCCUUGGUACUGGACCUGGUCCUGGUCGGCGUGGUGAAGGCUGUAGUGCGGCGCCGACGUCCUGCCCAUAACCGCAUGGACAUGUUUGCCACGUUUUCUGUGGACCGCUAUUCCUUCCCAUCGGGCCAUGCCACACGUGCUGCAAUGUGCGCCCGCUUUCUGUUGGCCCAUCUGGUGCUGGCUGCCCCGCUUCGUGUUCUUGUCCUGCUCUGGGCCUCUUUUGUUGGUUUUUCCAGGGUUCUCCUUGGACGCCAUAAUGUAACGGAUGUCGCUUUUGGUUUCUUCAUGGGCUACUGGCAGUAUAAUUUGGUUGAGGUUCUCUGGUUGUCUCCAGUCAUGUUGCAAAGCAUGAUUGGACACCUUCACUGAGAAGUUAAAGGGUUAGUUCACAUAAAAAUGAUUAUCAUCUGUCAUUAAUUAUUACCUUCAUGUCCUUCCACACCUCUAAGACCUUCGUUCACCUUCGGAAUACAAAUUAAGAUAUUUUCGAUGAAAUGUGAGGGUUUCUGAACCACACAUAGGCUGCAGUGUCAUUGCACCUUUUGAGGUCCAGAAAGGGUUUUCUCUUCU